UGCGUCUGGAGCUGCAGGUCUGCUCCGGUCUAGAUCAGAGGGGAUCUGCCGGGCCUGAGGCCGAGUUCCACCCUGGCUUCCAGGGAUGUCGGUGGCUUUCGUACCGGACUGGCUGAGAGGGAAGGCAGAAGUCAAUCAGGAGACCAUCCAGCGGCUCCUGGAGGAGAAUGACCAGCUGAUCCGCUGUAUCGUGGAAUAUCAGAACAAAGGCCGGGCGAAUGAGUGCGUCCAGUACCAGCAUGUGUUACACAGAAAUCUCAUUUAUUUGGCUACCAUCGCAGAUGCCAACCCAACCAGUGCUUCAAAAGCAAUGGAAUAGUCUUCCAGUUGGCUGUUGUGAGAAGUAAUUGAAUGUGAUCUAUUUCCUAUGAAAUGGAUUUUUGCCAACUCAACUGCUUAGAAUGUGAAUGGAACCUCUGUGGCUCUUGUAAAAAUGUGAACAUGUGAAGAAAGCUACUAACUUAACCAUAUUCUCAGUAUAAAUAUUUAAUAAUUAAGUGGAUUCCCUCAAUUAAGUUGACUCCAAGUGUCUUCCAUCCUGAAAUAAGUGUGUUUGGAUAACAGAGAUAUAAUGGGCAUCUUCAAGUCAAUCUUUUUAGUUUCAACCUGAAGAGGAAACUUGAACAGGUAUUGGGCGAUCAGCAGGAAUUUGUGAGACUUUCCACUGAGACGCUGCCAAAUGGACGUGUGACUGUUUCUCCCUCCUACCAGUUUGUGGUGGUGGACCCCUGACUGCUCUUUUCACGUUGCUUUGAAAUAAAGCUUGCCUUUCCACAAAA